AUGGCUAAAACCAGAGAGUCUUAUUUCGUCAACGCUCUCCUCGCGAUCGCUCUUUUAGCGAUUGCCCAUUUCUGUAACUGCGAAGCUGUCUUGUCUCAGAAAGAGAAGGACAAGGUCUCGAAGUUGCCUGGUCAGAAUUUCAAUGUCAGCUUCGCUCACUACUCUGGAUUCGUCACUACUAAUAAGGAAUUGGGAAGAGCGCUCUUCUACUGGUUCUUUGAAGCCGUCGAAGAUGCUCAGUCUAAGCCUCUUGUUCUCUGGCUCAAUGGAGGACCAGGAUGUUCAUCUGUUGCAUUUGGUGAAGCAGAAGAGAUAGGACCGUUUCACAUUAAGGCAGAUGGGAAGACUCUUUUCCUUAAUCAAUAUUCUUGGAACCAAGCUGCGAAUAUUUUGUUCCUUGAUGCACCUGUUGGAGUUGGUUAUUCAUACUCGAACACUUCGUCUGAUUUGCUCAGUAAUGGUGAUAAGAGAACAGCCGAAGACUCGCUGAAGUUUCUGCUGAAAUGGGUUGAGAGGUUUCCGGAGUACAAAGGAAGAGAGUUUUAUAUAGUUGGUGAGAGCUAUGCAGGGCAUUACAUUCCUCAGCUGAGUGAAGCCAUUGUAAAACAUAACCAAGCUUCUGGCGAUAGCACCAUUAAUCUCAAGGGUUACAUGGUAGGGAAUGGGCUGAUGGAUGAUUUCCAUGACAGGCUCGGUCUAUUCCAAUAUAUAUGGUCGUUGGGUUUUAUCUCUGACCAAACAUACAGCUUACUGAAACUUCAGUGUGGUUACGAACCGUUUAUCCACUCCUCCAAAGCGUGUGAUAAGGUUCUGGAGACAGCGGAUAAGGAAAUAGGUAACAUAGACCAAUACAGUGUCUUCACACCGGCUUGUGUUGCAAAUGCCACUCAGUCAAACAUGUUGCUAAAGAAAAGACGAAUGAAUAGCCGUGUGAGUGAACAGUAUGAUCCUUGCACGGAGCAACACUCGAAAGUGUAUUUCAAUCUUCCAGAGGUUCAAAAAGCCCUCCAUGUCCCACCUGGACUUGCACCAUCCAAAUGGGAUACUUGCAAUAUGGUCGUGAAUGAACACUGGAACGACUGUCCUUCCUCGGUUCUAAACAUUUACCACGAGCUUAUAGCUGCUGGGCUUCGUAUCUGGGUUUUCAGUGGGGACGCAGAUGCUGUUGUACCAGUGACAUCAACCCGGUACAGCAUAGAUGCACUAAACCUUCGUCCAUUAAGUGCAUAUGGUCCUUGGUACAUAGACGGACAGGUGGGAGGAUGGACUCAGCAGUACGCUGGACUAAACUUUGUGACAGUGAGAGGCGCAGGGCAUGAAGUUCCUUUGCACAGACCGAAGGAGGCUCUUGCGCUCUUCAAGGCUUUCAUAUCGGGAAAUUCGUUGUCCACACCUGAGAACAGCAUCAGCCGCGACAUGUCUGAACUCGCUAGUGACUCGGGUUGUCGUUUGAGGAGGAGAUCCGGUCCAUGGCCAUCUGCAUUCAGCUUCGUGGACAGCUCCGACCCUUAUCAUGCCUUUUACGUGGAGAAGCGGAAUGAGUACAUUGAUCAGGUCCUAGAUGGAACUGUUGAGCCGCCUCCCGAAAUCGUUCACAAGCCUCAUCCGGUGGACGAUUUUGGGCCUCCUCCCACAAGGGACCAGCCUCAUGUAAGGGAGUUUCCGAUUCCUAUUCCUCAAGAGAUGUCAGUUGUGGAGCUUGGUGUUAUCAAGCUCACUGCGCUGUUUGUGGCCCGGUACGGGAUCGUUUUCUGGAAGGAUUUGGUACGCGUCGUGUGUGUGGACCCUCUUUUCACCUUCAUGAAGCGGGAAGACAGCAAGUUCGGUUUUUACAGUGGCCUUGUCCUUGCCUAUCAAGGUGUCUUGAGGCCUAAGGACCGCCCUGAGGAUAUCGAUCUCGCUCUCGACGGCUUUUUAUUCCACUGCCUUGAGCAGGCACUUGAUGAGAAGGCGGCUUACUUGUAUGCUUUUGUGGCUGGUCUUGACUGUUUUACUCACAUGGACGACAACAACCUGCUUUUUGCUACCAUGCCACCACCUCAACAGCCCCUUUCAUUUACGACCGAUAUGCCUCCACUCCCUCCACGCCGUGCUCCCAAGUAUCAGUACCAGGAAGGCACCGAGCCUUCGUAUAUAAUUCAAGAAAGGGUCACACUCAAGCAGCUUGGCAUCAUGAAGCUCACUGCCCUGUUUGUGGCGCGUUACGGGGAAAGUUUCCGUCGGGAGUUGAUGAUGAGAGCGGUUACGCUCCCUCACUUUGAGUUUCUCUUUUUCCAUCCUCACGAUCCCAUGCCCUGCACAACCCCACCUGAGAUCUGCUUCCAGGUGUUCUCUAUCCUUGUUAGAGCGUACUCCGGUGUGUUAACGCCUUGCGAGAAGAAGAUUGAUGCAUCCUCCGUUUUGGAGUGUUUCUUCCACCGUCUUCAGAUUGAGAAGCUGGAGGAGGCAAGUGGCGAGAGUGAGACGGCGGCUGUGAUGGAUCUGCAUGCGUUUGUGGCUUGUGUUGACUAUGUUGCUCACAUGGAUGAGACUGACUACUCUGACUACGUGCCACCACCUGAGCGUCUCGCGGUGAUGAUGAACCAGCCAACGCAUAUGCAUCCCGGUGUGCUUGUGCAGUUUCCACGGAGACUUGUGACUGAUUACUGCAACCGUCGUCGUCCUCUUUCAAGGGGUCUGCUGGCCCUCGCUGCAUCUGCAUCUACCGUUCCCCCACAAGAGGAGCUUCUUGUUAUUAAGCUCGCAGCGCAGUUUGCCACCCGGUUUGGCACGUCUUCUUUUACGAAUGCUUUGAUGGAGAGAGUGCCUCAGCUUGAGGCUCUCAAGGUAAUUGACCGCUGGGGAUCACUCUUCCAUGGGCUCUGUGAGGUCUAUUCCAGAGUAUUAAUGCCUCCUUCAAUAGAGGAGAAGAAGUAUGAUGACUGUAUUGCCGUGGCCAUUGAGGUGUUUCUCAACUGUCUGAGAAAUGGAGUGGAGACGUCUGUGGUUAGAUUUGUGAACGGUGUCGACUACUUUGCUUCCGUGGAUGUUGCUGACUACUCUACUGUCUUGCCUCUCCCUAAACGCCUCCCACUGACGACAAGGGAAACGCAUCGUGUUAGUCUUGUAGGUGGGCCGAGGCCACCUCGUCUCUGGUCUUUACCGGCAGCAGGUACAAGUCUCGCCACAGUCACACCCAAGGAGCUUGUUGUUAUCAAGCUCACAGCUGUGUAUGUGGCGCGGUAUGGGGUGCACAUUUGUCGGGACUUGAUGAAGAAAGCUGAGCUUAAAUUUAUGGAGCCAGGUGAUAGAAGGUUCAGUCUUUAUAAAGCCGCUGUUGAUGCCUACUCCAAAGUAGUAAGAGUUUCCGGUGGAGGUGUUUAUAAGGAGACCAUUCUUGGCAGAUAUUUCUCGCAUCUUUGUUUGAACAAUCCGGGAGAGGAAGUAGUGAUGGAUAUGGAUGGUUUUGUGGAGGGUGUUGACUGUUUUGCUCAGAUGGAGGAUGCUCACUACUCUGCUCUCGUGGGGAACCCGCUAUCAAAAAUGCCUGGAACGUAUUGUGGUCCACCUGAGGAACCAGAGGCAAAGAGACAAAAGCUUGACGAGUCUUUUGGUCAAGAUUCCUGUAAGAUAAGGGUUUUUGUUCCUGUAUUAAAUGAAAGGAAAGUCAUUGAGAUCACAGGGGAUCGGUUGUCGGAAAAGGUGGCAAGUUUGAAGGAGAAGAUAGCUGGGGUGAUCCAUAUGCCUGUAAACAAACUCAAGUUAAGUGGAAAAGCAGGUUUCUUGAAGGACGACAAGUCACUUGCAGAUAACCAUGUUGGACCAGAAGAAAUCCUAACACUGUCUUGGUUCAUUUCAAGGCCUUGGUGCAAAUUGAGAUUCUUGCUAAACAUUUCAAAAACAUUCACUCGUCGCUUCCUUCGCCAGCGUCUCGCUGCCAUUCCCAUUGCUAGAGGGACACAAGCAGCAAUCAUGGUGGUGGUGUCUAAUUCAAACCAUCAAAACAAGGAAAUAAACGUCAGAAGAAGAAUUUCUCAAAUAUACAAUAAACGGGAAGAGGACUUUCCAUCACUUAAGGACUACAAUGACUACUUGGAAGAAGUCGAGUGCAUGGUAUUCGAUUUGGUUGAUGGAAUAAACGUGGAGGCGAUUGAGGAGAAGAUAAAGAGAUACUCUCAAGAGAAUGCUCAACAGAUAAUGGUCAAUCGAGCUCGCAAGGCUGAAGAAUUAACUGCAGCCUUGGCAGCUUGCAAGGCACAACAACCACAAACCGAUGCUGAUACGUCGUCGAACCAUGGGGUUACGGCUGGAACCGCAUACGGUCAAGCUCCACGACCAACGGGAAUGGGGCCACAACCUGUACCUAUAGGAGGAGGAGGAGCAGAGCGUCAACGUUACUCUAUGGAAGACGAAGCCAUGUUGAGGCUUAAGGCAGAGAGAGCUGGAGGAUUUUCUUUAGAGAUAAGCAAGAAAAGGGCUUUGGAAGAAGCGUUUGCUAGCAUUUGGGUUUGA